GAAUGAAAUAAGAACGCGUUUCUUAUUGUAAAUAAGUGUAAUGAAUAGCACGUAACGCAAUUAGAGAAACUUUAUUCUUAUCUGUGGGUUUAUCUUGUACUAUUUCAUCCGGAUAGUUAGUUUUUUCCCUUAUUCUUUUCUGAGUGCAUUGUCGUGUAUUGCUUUAAGAGUCGAAAAAAGAAAAAAGAAAAUUCAUCAUGACAUCAUUAAUCGUUACAACAGUGACAUUUCUUUUGAUUCAUAACAUAGGAUUUACCAGCAGUGCAAGAAUUUUGGCUAUUAUACCGACCCCUUCUUACAGUCAUCAAUUAGUCCAUCAAUCUAUCCUUAAAAAUUUAAAUUUAAGAGGUCACCAUAUUACUUUAGUAACCACAGAUAUAUUACCCGAUACAAAUUUAAAAAAUUUUACACAGAUCGACGCUAGUCGUUGUUAUGAUACUAUAAAAACGCUAAAUUUUUUAAAAACGAGACAUGAAUACUCAUGGUUGGAAAUUAUCGGUCAUUUAUUUGAAAUUGCAGAAAAAAUUGUCCUACUUAUUUUCGAAAUUCCUGAUUUUAAAAAAAUCUACGCACCUGAUAGUAACGAAAAGUUUGAUCUUGUUAUAGUCGAAGUUAUCGCAAUGCCAGCUUUUUUAGCUUUUGGACACAUAUUCAAAGCUCCUUUGAUAGGUGUUAUUUCAUCAGGGCUUACACAAUCCAGUCAUUUUAAUAUUGGUAAUCCAGUGAUACCGUCUCAUCCUUCAUCCUAUGAUUUAAAUAUAGGUAUUGGUUUGAAUUUAUCCUUCUGGAAAAGAGUACACAAUUUCGUUUUAACAUGGUGGCAUAUACAUGUAGUUUGUAAUAAUAAAAUGUAUAAACCGCAACAAAGAAUUGCAGAAAAAUAUUUAGGUAAUAUACCUUCCAUUAGAGAACUAGAAAAGAACAUAAGUAUUCUAUUAACGAAUCAGCUAGAAGAAAUUUCAUUUACCAGACCCAACGUUGCUAAUAUUAUAAAUUUUAGUGGUUUACAUAUACCAAUUAAUAUUACAAAUAAACCCUUACCAAAGGGAUUAAAAGAAUUCAUGGAUAACGCAUCGAAUGGCUUCAUUUACGUCAGCCUUGGAACAACCGUACAUUCGUCAAUGUUUCCGAAAAAAUUAUUAGAUAUAUUUUUCAAUGUUUUCUCAAAUUUACCGAUUAAGGUUGUAUGGAAAUUUAAUGGAAACAUCUUAAAAAUAUCUGAAAAUAUAUAUGUCGCAAAAUGGUUUCCACAACAAACAAUUCUAGCACAUCCCAAUUUGAAGCUGUUCGUUUAUCAAGGUGGACUUCAAAGUACRGAAGAAGCUAUACACUUUGGUGUACCACUUGUUGGAAUACCUGUAAUAGCCGAUCAAGAUAUGCAAGUUAUGAAAAUGGAAAGUUUAGGGACAUGUAGGAGCGUCGAUAUUUUAAAAAUGACGAGAGAAUCUUUAAACGAAGCAAUUAUGGACGUCUUAAAUAAUAAAAGUUAUAAAGAAAAUAUGUUGAAACUGAAGAAUCUUAUUAAAGAUAAACCGUAUAAUUCAAUGGAAAAGGUAAUUUGGUGGAUAGAAUAUGUUAUUCGUCAUAAAGGAGCACCUCAUCUCCGUUCUAGCAUCGUCGAUGAACCUUGGUACCAAAGAUAUGAUACUGAUGUGAUUGCUUUAUUAUCAGUUAUUUUGUUUAUAAUCUCUCUUCUUAAUUUAUACGUCAUUUAUAAAAUAUUCAUAUUUAUUAUAAACCUCUUAGAUAAGACAACCAAAAGAAAAAAAGACAUGAAUAGAUAA